AUGAACAGGUGUAGUUCUUCCAGGGACUCAGCUAAGAAGACUGCCGAGGGCAGGUCACGAUAUGACAACGGGACUCGGCUAUAUGAACGAAACAUGAGUUUGGACGAUUUUAUGUUGAGUGCGGGUAUCAUCGGGCUCCAUUUAUCGAGAAGGGAGACGACUGGUUGGGGCCACGCUAUGUCGAGAUCGAGUUUGAGUAUAGAGAGGUGGAAGGAUCUUCCCGCCGAUUCGGCCCUCGGAUCCAGCCCGACAGCCCUACUGGUUCAGUCCUCCUUCACCGUGCUCAACAACGACACCCACGAGUUCCUGGCAAGUUUUCGUCAGGUUUCAACACGACGAAAAUCUGGUGUCGGCCACGAAUGUCGUGCUUGUAGAUGGAAGCGCGACAUUGGGGCCCGUGGGAAAUGUGUCAGUCUUUGCGGAGUUCCCAAAUCCAGAUCUUGA